AUGGUGGAAAAAGAGCAGGCGGUGAUAAGCGAGGAGGAGGCCGCGCAGUACGACCGCCAGAUCCGCCUGUGGGGGCUGGAGGCGCAGAAUAGGCUUCGCAAAUCCAAAGUUCUUCUGGUUGGCAUGAGAGGUUUGGGUGCUGAAGUGGCAAAGAAUCUUAUCUUAGCAGGAGUUCAGGAACUGACUUUACUGGACCAUCAGCUGGUGUCAGAAGACAACUCUCGGGCCCAGUUCUUAAUACCUAAUGGAUCACUUGGUAGCAACAGAGCAGAGGCUUCUGAAAAGCGGGCUCAGAAUCUCAACCCAAAUGUCAAAGUGAAAGUGGACACAGAAAACAUUGAAGCUAAAUCUGAGGACUUCUUCAAACAAUUUGAUGCUGUAUGUCUGACCUGCUGCUCAAGAGACUUGCUCGUAAAAGUUGACCAGAUCUGCCACCAAAACAGCAUCAAGUUCUUUGCGGGAGAUGUCUUUGGUUAUCAUGGAUACAUGUUUGCUGACCUGGGAGAGCAUGAAUUUGUUGAGGAGAAGAUGAAGGUGACAAAAGGUAAUAAGGAGGUUGAAGAUGGUCCAGAGGCUAAGAAAACAAAGAUUGAUAAUACAGAGAGUACAAUGAUUAAAAAGAAAAUAGACUUCUGCCGCUUGAAGGACGCUUUUGAAAUUGACUGGAGCAGCGAAAAAGCAAAAGCUGUACUAAAGAAAACACCUGCCGACUUCUUCCUUUUGCAAGUAAUAAAUGAAGUUCCGUACUGACAAGGGGAGAGACCCGCAGCCCAGCACAUUUCAGGAAGACUGUGAUCUCUUGCUGCAGAUUCGCAAUGAUCUGCUGGAUUCCAUGAGUGUUAACCCUGAUCACCUGGAAGAAGACUUUGCUAGCUAUUGUUUUUCUGAGAUGGCACCUGUCUGUGCAGUGGUGGGUGGUGUUUUGGGUCAAGAAAUCGUGAAGGCCCUGUCCCAACGAGAUACCCCCACAUAAUAACUUCUUUUUCUUCAAUGGGCUUAAGAGUAAUGGCAUUGUUGACUGUUUAGGUGGCAAAUGA